UGUCGCGCAAGGAUAGAGUUGCGCGAAAGCGAGGAGUGGGUAAUGUUGCGUAGGCUUCGUUAAGGAGAAAAAUGACGAAAACAUAUUUUCGGACAACCGCAAUAGGAACUUAGCUUAUUGACUUAUACAUGGAAUUUGGAGAAGGAUAAACCAUGAUGAUUGUAUAAGGAAAGGAGGCCUAUUGGCGCUGUACAAAACGCACCGGGUGCCUUUUUCAGUACUCUGCAAACACCUGUCAACUGCUGGAAAAUGAAGUUUGGGAAGAGCAUUUGUAUUCUUAACGUGGGUGGCACAAAAUAUGCGUUCCCCAGGGAUGUAAUAAAGGAUUUUCCUCUGAGUAGAGUUAGCCGUUUGCACAAAUGCGCCUCGGAGAAAGAAGUAUUGGAGGUGUGUGAUGAUUACGAUCGGGAACGGAACGAGUUUUUCUUUGAUAGGCACUCGGAAGCUUUUUGUUUUAUCAUGCUGUACGUGAAGUACGGGAAGCUACGGUUCGUCCCGCAAAUGUGCGAGCUGUCAUUCUAUAACGAGAUGAUUUAUUGGGGGCUGGAGAGCUCAGACUUGGAGUUUUGCUGCCAACGGAGACUCGAUGAUAGGAUGUCCGACUCUUACAUUCAUUUCUCCGAGGAGGAAGCCAGACUCGCGGAAGAGUUGAGGGACGAUAAUUUGGUGACUAGCCUAGUUACGGAGAGAGAAGAGUCCAAGUGGCUGGAAAGAAUGAGAAGGACUUUUGAGGAGCCGACUUCAUCAAUCGCAGCACAAAUCUUGGCCUCAGUGUCCGUUAUAUUUGUUAUAGUGUCCAUGGUGAUGCUUUGUGCGAGUACUUUGCCUGAUUGGAAAACCGCUGAGAACAAGAGCGUGGAGGAGCACAGGUACAACCCAGACUCUUUAGAGCAUCCAUCCGGGAUCAUCGAGGCUGUGUGUAUUGGCUGGUUCACCGCCGAGUGCAUCGUGCGCUUCAUCGUGUCACGGGACAAGUGUGAGUUUGUCAAGCGGCCUCUCAACAUCAUUGACCUGCUGGCCAUCACGCCCUACUACAUCUCCAUAUCCAUGACCGUGCUGACGGGCGAGAACUCCCAGCUCCAGCGGGCCGGCGUCACCUUGCGCGUCCUGCGCAUGAUGCGCAUCUUCUGGGUGAUCAAGCUGGCCCGUCACUUCCUGGGCCUGCAGACCCUGGGGCUGACACUGAGGCGCUGCUACCGGGAGAUGGUGAUGCUGUUGCUUUUCAUCUGCGUGCCCAUGGCCAUCUUCAGCGCUCUGGCCCAGCUCCUGGAGCAUGGCCUGGACCUGGAGUCGCCCAACGAGGACUACGCCAGCAUCCCCGCUGCUUGUUGGUGGGUUAUUAUCUCCAUGACCACUGUGGGCUAUGGAGACAUGUACCCCAUCACCGUGCCUGGGCGAGUGCUGGGUGGCCUGUGCGUGGUGAGCGGCAUCGUGCUCCUGGCACUGCCCAUCACCUUCAUAUACCACAGCUUUGUGCAGUGCUACCACGAGCUCAAGUUCCGCUCGGCCCGCUGCACGCGGAGCCUGUCCGCGGAGUUCCUCAACUGACCGGGCUGCCGAGGUCUUAGGGGCCUGCUCCUCACUGAGGCCGUCCACCCUAGGACUGUGCGUCGUUGUGAAACAGGACCUUUCUCAUUUUCACACAUAAAAAAGAAGGAAUUCGUCAAAGCCCUUGAUUUUGGAGGGGUCUCAGUGUUUCGAGGUUGGUGAACAGCACAGCCUUUCUUCAACAAUCCAAAUAGGAAGCAGUUGAACCUGAUUUGGACUGUUGUGUUCGGGGGAAGGUGUCCCUGACAGGAUGUCACUGUUGGACUAGAUGGUGUCAGACCAGACAGAGGCCUUCAUAUACUGUGGAUUAUAAUGAAUCUAGUCCAUAUUAUAGCACAGCCUGGCUGACAUUCUUCUCACAUGGCAACAAGCCAUAAAAGGGAUUUCAAUUGAAACACUUCUCUCGAUCCCACACUUCUGGCAGUGUUACUGUGUGAGGAUAGAAGGUGUCAGUACCCUUCUCUGUCUUAGAUCUUGUCUUUCUACAAUAUUGUCUACCGAUGCAUUACAAAGAACCAAAGUGUUUCAGUACAAUGUACACUGUAUGUUCCCUUUAAUCUCUUGCUUCACAGCCCACGGUUCACCAAUUGUCUCGAUUUCACCAAUCCAACAAACAUAAGGAGCACAACACAUGCCGAAUUGGAAUGAGUCUAUUUACAACUUAAACAUGUCAAAUGUUUAACCUUUCACCCAUUCCAUGAAAACUAACCAACCGGCUAACCAACCAACCAACCAAUGUCCUUGAUAGGUAUUUUCUAUAGAAACCAAGAGAGGGGGUGGGAGAGAUUGAACAGAAUGUGUACAGUAGCAUGUGGGUCUGUCUCCUCGGCUGUGUGGGCUGCAAUGUGGAACACUGAGCCACAGAGCGAGAGUGUGCCAUGGAGAGACGGGUGGUUCGGCUGACACCAAGCGGUGCCACGAGGAGAGGCCAGGCGUGCCUCAGCCUCGUUAGUGCCGCGAGACUUCUGACUAGAGGAGUGCAACCAUUUGUGGCUGGUGUGAAAACCUUGGUCGCAUUCGUCUGUCAAAACCAAAGCACUUUGCAUGCAGGGGCUCGUGUCAAAACCACCACAGCCUUUGGUAGGCGCUCCUCUUUAUGUUGUUGUCCGGCCCACCCGGUUCUCCUCGACACGCUGUCGACGCCAUGUUUGGGUGACUUGUGUGAUGCAUUCAGCCACCUAUCCUGUUGCAGGGAACUCGACUGAGUCUGAGAAGCUUUGAUCCAGGAAAAUUGGGAAUGAGAUCAUCAUGGGUUCUUUUCAUGUCAGCCCGCUUCAGGCGAUGCUGUACCGGUUAUCAUUUACAAGCACCAUCUGUCCUGAAUCCGUCUGUGCAUAGCUGUGUUUGCUCUGGAUUUUUUGACCAGGACAGGAUUGCUGUGUUCGCUCACAGUCAGAAAAAUAUAUUCUUGUUAGAUUUGCUCUCCAAAAAUCUCAGUAUGUCCUUGGCCUCAUUCUAUCUGAGUUCAGUUGUGAACCAAAGCUGUUUUAUAUCUUCUGGAAGCAUUUUAUAUAGCGGGAGAAGAAAACAGUCCUUUAACUCAAUGAUGAAUAUAUACAUAUGAGCCAUAUUGUCAGAGUGCUCUAUUUAAAUCAAUUCAUAUUCAUUGGUAGGACUCCCUAUCUUUCUACUAGGGAUGCUGGUAUUGUUGACACAUCUUUAGUGUUUCUUUGCUCAGCCCUCAGAAUUAUCUUUUCCACUGGCUGCAGACAGCACCAUCUGCACUCUUUGAUCUGCCCUGGCUCUUGUCUGCUUCGCCAAACCAAGCAGUCCCAAUACAUUACCUGUGUUUAAUAUUGAUGGGAAUAGAUUUAACUCAUUAUUUCAGAACUUUUGGGCAUCAGGCACUUGUUAGACUUGAUCAACCUUUCCAAAAGUUAGACAUGCAGAACGGUAUGUGGAUAUUGUUGGCAUACGUAUUGCAGACAUUGAGUUAUUGUAGCGCUCCUUCUUAUUACAGUUUUUCAACUUCAUUCAAACUUUGAACUUUGACUAGUGCAUUUCAAACUUAGCUACAAUAUGUCUUCUAUUUCCAACAAUGAGUUCAUAACACAAAGAAUGUGGGGAAAUAUCCCACCAAAGAGUUGAGAGGAAACAACAUGAGUAUUUACUUUGAAACUGUGAACACAGAAUGACUUUAAAACCUGCAGUGAUCUGGCAGUAACAAAAUCCUCCUACGGGAAUCAUUUCCUCUCACUUUCUCUCGUCAACACAUUCAGCCCACCUAUCAAGAUGUUUAACUACCUCUGCUCUCAUUAAUAAAAUCAUAGGAAGUCACAUUGCCCCACAGCAAUUGCUAUUUAUAGAGUGUACCCAACCAGCUUGACAGAAGUCCACAUUAUUCAGAUAUCCAUGGAUUCAAAUUAUUUAUAGAUAAGUGAAAAUGUCACCAGAGUGUUACACACGCACCCACCCACACACCCAUGCGAGAACACUCAAACACACUCACACAUGCGAACACACACACGCAAACACACACACGCAAACAUACACGCAAACACGCACAAAGUUGAGAAGUACCAUUGGUCAAAAUUAAUGAGGUUCUUAUCUCGGUGCACCCUAUUACCAUAAAAUGGGUAAACAACAUAAUGAAUUUUACAUGUAAUUAUCCAAUCAAUACCUCAUGUUCCAUGAAACGUCAGAAAGGUCAUCAGACAAUACAAAUAACUUGGGAGGUAAUUAAACUUCAGCUUCAGUGGUUAUAGCACUGACCGUCGAGUGACCUAUUUAAUAUCCGUGUGACUGAAACCCUGUCAUCACCUUCACAUGGCCCACCUCAAUGGGCUCUGACGAAAGUUGGAAUGUCAAGCCUUUAUUGGUUUCUCUAAAAAAAAAUCUAUUUUUGAUGUUAAGCAAGCUUUGCACCUUUUCCUUUUCAUAUGGUCUUGAUUUUGUUUUGAAAUACUUCACGCCCCACUUUAUCUUGGUGUUUUGACAUCCCUGAAAAUUAAUGUGAUAUUUGUUAAUGUGGAGCUCAAGAGUUCCAUCCUUUGUGAAGACAAUUUUGAGAUUUGUUGUUUGUUUAGUUGGAAUACAUUUUGUAUUGCAAAAGUCAGUAUUUGAGAAAUAACUGAAGAUCAUCUUCCAUCCAAGUGUGGUGGGGGGAUGUGGUGGGGGGAAAACAUGGUCACAGUGUAUUUAUAACAAGAGAGAUUAUUUGAAUAGUUUGUACAUUUUCUAUAAAACUUGAUAAAUUGUGAUAUUUCAAAAUAGAGGACCUCCAACUUUUGGAUACUGUACUUUGUCACACCCAAAUACCUUAGGCACCUAGCAUAUUGCUGCUUCAAUAGAAUGUAUGAGUGCAACAGUGAUAUUCUUUGAGAACAUGGCUGUGUUUAUGCAAGCCAUAUCUCCAAUAUGUUUAUAGUUUCCCCUUCUUUUUUAUGAAGCCAGUUAUUUUGUAUAGAGCUUGUUAUUUACAGA